GCUCCCCAUUCCUGAGCAGGUGCAGGUGAUUGCUACCUGAACAGUGAGACCGAUCCUCUAACACGAAGAUCCACACUUAAACUACCGCUCCCUUCCCCUCACACCGAUCUGUGAUAGCUGGGCGUGUGUUCAGGUCAAAGACCGCCACCAUCCCAAACUGGGGAAAAUAAAUGCGCUUGUAUUUAAUGGGAUGUGGAUCAUAAAGACAGGAGGACGGAUUCUCUAAACGAUUUCCUUGUUUAUUCCUGACAAAAACAAUGACCGACUGUGAUUGACGAAAGUACCAUGGAGAUCCAAAAGAGGUUUUCUGCCUGUUGGGACAGUUUUUUGGGGUGUUUUAAAAAAAAUGGCCCCUCUGGAGACGAGACCGACCGUGGGGAAAAAUCGACGGUUAUUAAAAACUUGAGCGCUGCUGACAAAGACGAACAGAGCUUUCAUUCAACAAGAGAUUUACCGCCGCUGCCACCAGCUGAUGUGGAGUAUUAUGUCGCCCUGUAUGAUUACUCUGCUCGCACAGAAGAGGAUCUUAGCUUCAACACGGGGGAUACUUUAGAGGCCCUGGACAAAAGUGCCGGUGAUUGGUGGUUCGCUAAAGCCCUCACCGGGGUGUCAGCCUCCAAACAGGGAUACAUCCCUGCUAACUAUGUGGCGCCUGUGGAGAGCAUUAAUGCCGAACCAUGGUAUUUCCCUGACACCAAGAGGCUGGAUGCUGAGAAGAUGCUGAUGGCUGGAGGGAACAAGCAUGGAGCCUUUCUCGUCAGAAACUGUGAAAGUCAGAAAGGAGACCUCUCACUGUCAGUGCUUGACAAUGGAAAGGUGAAGCAUUACAAGCUGAGAAAACUGGACAAUGGUCACUACUAUGUGUCAAGGGCCAAAUCGUUUCAAACACUGAAGGAGUUAGUGGAACAUUACUCCCGACAGUCUGAUGGCCUCUGUGCACGUCUGGGUGAGCCAUGCAAAAAGAUAGAAGUUCCACAGACUUAUGGUCUGUCCUAUAACACAGUGGACCAAUGGGAAAUCAAUCGUAGCUCCAUCAAACUACUGAAAAAGCUUGGAGCGGGACAGUUUGGUGAGGUCUUUGAAGGCAUAUGGAAUGAAACUACAUCAGUUGCCGUGAAGACUCUCAAACCAGGCACCAUGGACGCAGAGGACUUCUUGAGAGAGGCUCAGAUCAUGAAGAGGCUGCGGCACCCCAAGCUGAUUCAGCUGUAUGCCGUUUGCACCUUGGAGGAGCCCAUCUACAUAAUCACAGAGCUGAUGACAAAUGGCAGCCUGUUGGAGUACCUUCAAAAGGAUAAAGGUAGAACACUGCGUAUCUCAGAUCAAAUUGAGAUGGCUGCACAGGUGGCAUCAGGCAUGGCUUUUCUGGAGUUACAGAACUACAUCCACAGAGACCUGGCAGCCAGAAAUGUCCUAGUGGGCGAAAACAACAUCUGCAAAGUGGCUGACUUUGGCCUGGCCAGGGUUUUCAUGAAAGAAAGCGAAAAUGUGUACGAAGCCAAAGAAGGAACUAAAUUCCCUGUGAAAUGGACCGCUCCAGAGGCCAUUCAUGACAACAGGUUCACUAUCAAAUCUGAUGUUUGGUCCUUUGGAAUUUUGCUGUAUGAGAUUGUGACAUUUGGCCAGAUGCCGUACCCAGCAAUGACAAACUUUCAGGUGGUCCAGAAACUGGCUGAGGGCUUCAGGAUGCAAUGCCCCGCAAACUGCCCCAAAGUCUUGUAUGACAUUAUGAAGGACUGCUGGAAGGAAAAUGAACAGGACCGGCCUACAUUUGAGACCCUGCAGUGGAAGCUGGAGGAAUACUUUGAACAGGAUGUGACGUCCUAUGACGAUGCCACUCGUUAUUAGCACAACUGCCAGGCUGUGAUAUUAGAAAACAAACAAACAAAAAAAACUCUUAAGAAGUUGUGAAUAUACUGACUGGCUAAUGUAAUUUAAAAGGUCUAAAUAGGAAAGCAGAAUGGAGUUGGUGACAGCACUCAUAGUCUUGUUUGAAAUGAACGCACUCAAUUGCAUAACAUGCGUGUCUAACCUAAUUCCUACAGAGCGCUUAACUGGAAGACGCCUUUUUCAGCACAGCAUUAUGUUGCUCUCGACUAACUGGUUCGGCUUGCUCGAAGCAUAGCAAACAUUCUUUCCACUAACGACUUGUUGAGCCAUUGCAUGACAGGAGUAAUGCGUCACGUUCACCUAGAAGCUCAAUCUGCUGUCUUGGAGAGAAUAGCAGGCACUGCAGUUUUAUCACAUUUAUUGUUAUUUUGGGGUUCUAGGACGACAACCAAAGUUGCGGUCACUAAUAAGACAAAUUAACCAAGCUAUUUAACUACAAGCUUUUCUCUUUAGAAAUUCUAACAGCUGCUACAAAAUGGUGACAAAUAAAAGGAAGAUGGGCGUGGGGGUCCUGCAGAUGUCCUGAGAGAAACCUGCUGCAUACUCUGUUAAGUCAUGUUUCCAAAAUAACCACUACUAAAAGUUCUAAAUGCAACUAUUGUGCUGCAUUUAACCAUUUGCAUAGUCGCACAUAGUCAUGAUGGCUGUUAUUCUGUUCACACUAAAAGCAAAUAAUGUAAAUGGAAGCAUAACAUUAGCUACUUUAGUCUAGUUUGUUUUUUUUUCUCCCCACAUAAUAUACUGUGAAUUUUGAUCAGCAGCUAGUUGUUGUAGUUGUUAAAGCUACAUUUGUGAACAAUCAGUUAUUUGCAUGCACUUUUUUUCUCCUUUAAGCACCUACAGUAUCAUCACAGUAUCACCACACCUGUCUGCUUCACACUUCUGCUCAUUCAUUGUGCGACGGUUUGAUGCUCUGUGACUGAAACAUGUGAUUUUUGAUUCUGUUCACACUGCUCUCAGAUCUGUGGGGUCUUUCAUAUUAAUGGAAGCUGCGACAACAAAGUGACGGCACAAACAUUCAAAUUCUUGAUGCAUUUACUAAACCAGUUAAACUGGUGUUUUAGCUAAUGUUGAUUUUUUUUUUUCUUUUUCAGUGUCAUGCACAAAUUCUUGUUAAUUGUACAUUGUAAUCUUGACAGUGUUUAUAUAUAAUCAUAUUGUAUUUUAACUUAAUUGUCCCUAAGCCUAAUAUAAUUAAAAGAACCGUAUUUAGUAUGAUUUGCCUGGAUUUUUGAAUUUUACACUGAUAGGAAAAUGAAAGUCUGACAUCAGAGUAACUCAUCUGACACAUUAAACCUUUUUUCCCAUGCUUUCGACGCAUGGCAGUGAUGGU